AUGAAGGAGGUGGAUAUCCUUGCAUUCGUCUAUGUCUCCUACCCAAUUUUCGCAAUCACAGUUUUAUUUUCACAAGCUUUGCUGCUAUUACUGAUUUUCAAGAAUCAAACGAAACUUCUUCGAACUAUGAGAAUAUAUCUUCUGAAUAUCUGUGCCGCUCAAAUACUCACAAUAAUGGCUGGAUUCCUGACACAGUGUCGAAUGGUUCCGAAUAAUACUACUGUCGCUUUCAUAUGUACUGGAAUUUGUACCAGAUUGGGAAGAAAGACUUGCUUUUUGAUUCAUUUGUUGAGAGAUGCAUCUUCCAUGGUCGCCCUUUUUGCCAUCGUUCACGUCUUCUACUACCGCUACAAAAUUCUCUCUCAUCAGAAAUUAACGUCUUCUCAAAUCUUGCGAAACUUUAUUAUCGUCCAUCUUCCUGCUGUAUUCUGUGCCAUCUGCCAAUUCGUAAACCCUUCUCAUCACGGUGCAAUUGUUCUGGAGACUAGAGCUCUUCAUCCUUCAUAUAUCUUCGAACCACAUUCAAUUUUCGGUUUUUCUGCUCUUAAAUCUCCAUAUGUGAAAUCAUCAACUAUCAUUUUCACAAUUGUACUCUUCCUGAAUCCACUGGCUGCUCUUAUCUAUCGAAGCAAAAUCUGGGGACUGCUCAACGAGUACGAAGAGUACAAUUCUCCCAGGAUCAAGCACGCGAAAAGUAUGAUCACGGGACUCACAAUUCAGACUUUGAUCCCAAGUGUAUGCUUUGUUCCACUGGUACUACAAUUCUUCCUGACUCAGUAUUCAGGUACUGGGGUGCUGCUAUUAGAGUACCUUAAUUCGUUUUUGGUAAUUUUACCAACAUUGAUAGACCCAAUUCUGUCAAUUGUGUUUGUGAUUCCCUUCAGAAGAAUGUUCUUCAAGUAUGUACUGGCAGUCCGUCAAUGCCGAUUCAGUAUCUCAAAUAUAUCCGAUGAUGAUAUCAAUUCAAAAAAAGGAAGCGGGUAUUCAGCAGUUCGUGCGGCAUCCAGAAGAACGGGAUAA